UAAAUGUUCUUGCGAGUCGCUGAAGGUAACCAGUGUUGAGGUUAUGUUUGUACAUUGUAAAAAAUUGCUGAAUUUGCCUUUACUUUCAUUCAAUUAGCCAGCGGCCAUUCAUUAAUUACUCAUCAAACAGUAAUGACUUAAUGGGAAUAAAAGUUAAAAUGGAAGUAUUUCGCGUGUGUUUAGUCUUAUGGAUCUGGACAAUACGAGUGUCCUUUAUUCAUGCAGAUAAACUUUGCAUUGAAAGCUUCAAUAGCGAUGCUUGCCAGCAAGUAGCCAGAGACCAGGACAUGAAUUGCCAAUAUGUAACGUCCAGGGUUGACUGUGUUCUGGACAUCGAACAAAACCUGCCCACUUUGACUCUUCUUAAUUCCGAGGACGCAUUCUUAGCGGCUGGUUUAGUCACAAACACUACCACAGUUAUAGCUGAAGUGGUGGAAGAAAACGCUCCCUACCAAACGGUGGUAAUCGUAAAGUGGGGCUACCUAGGAGGAGUGAGCGACCAAUUAAAAGGCCUCAAAUACUGCCAUCCUGGCUACAACCAUGACGAACGCAUCACUAAAUGGGUGUUGGAGGAGCUGGACUGGAAGGCCGUUAGCUUGAACUGCAGCGCCAAUCAAACACUCACCGAGCAGAAAUUUCAGGCGCUCGCCUCUUUCUUUGGCAGUUCGUGCAGGCCGGGAAAAUGGACGGAAGAUCAGCAAUUUGACGCCUAUUUGAAAAGCACGUAUCCAUCGCUGUGUGACCUGUGUGGCUCGGCCGGCUGCAGCACUAACUAUCGGGUGCCAUUGAACGACUCCUUGACUUGUCUAACGAAUAAUGAUGCGGAUUUGGCCUUAUCAGCUCUGUCCUAUGCUGAGACUUUCUUCAGCAUCGGCUCCAACGCCCAGAACUAUCAAUACCUCUGUCCUAAUGGAAGUUUGGCUUCUUCGACUAAUCCCUGUGUGUGGACCAAGCAAUUGUCCAGAUUAUUCGUCACCUCAAGUUCAAGUGCUUCGGACAUGCAGACUUAUCUUCAGACGAAACUCGCUUCGUUCGUCAACCCGGAGGGUGGUACUCCAUAUUCCCUGGAACAACAUUUAGCUUCCCUAUUGCAGCUUGGUAGAUUAGAUAAGAUUAAUGUAAUUGCGGCUACGCCUCUGAGUUCCUACGUUGCUGAGCGACGAGUUGUUCCUAAUGCUGAUGAUCCAGAAGCAGAUAAAUGCAAUGCUUCAAUAAUGUGGUCAGUGAUAAACGACCCGGAACGAUCCAAAUGCACGUGGCUGCGACAAGCGAGUUUGACUCACGGCUUGCUGCCUCUCAUCAGUUGCGUUCAGAGUGUCGACAACGACUCCGUUUCGAACUUGGACAACAUCAGGAAUUUGAAAGCGGGCAUCGCUUAUAUUGACGCCAAUUUCGGAUACAUUGCUAGAAGGAAGCAAUUGAUCAACGUAGGAUACCCGGAAACCGACACCAGACAAUUAUCGAAGAUUUCCAUCGUUGUAAGAAACGACUCGACCUGGUACGACGGCCGCCUAUCCAGCCUGGCUGGAAAGCACGCCUGUAUUCCCGAAUAUGGAGGAAAAGAAUGGCUCGCUUUUGUCGAUCUACUUCGCAACAACAGUCUCAUUAACGAUACGUCCGAUUACGGAAGUGUUUUUAGUCAGUUUGUAGGCGAAUCGUGCGCUCCUGGAGCCAAAGACAAAGACAUCGACAUUCCGAACACUGAUGGCGAAAAUCUGUGCGACAGGUGCUACCCUGUAGACGCUACGAAAACUGCAAAGUACUGCAACGCCGAUAGUUUAAAUAAAUACUUCCAGAGCUCAGGAGCAUUGUUGUGUCUGCGGGAGAACAAUGGCGAUUAUGCGGUGGUUUCACUAAACGACUUGCCCGGGGACUAUCUUGCCAAUGCAACUGAGCAGGAGCAGUUUAGAAUCAUCAGCAAAAAUGGAUCUUUGGCUGCCUACGCUGGUUUUAAUGUAGACGAAGAAGCGCCGAUAAUCAUUAUCAUAUCGGGUGAACUUGUGUUUGGAAAUGCGUCGUCCGUCACCACAGCCACACACACAUACAACGACACUGUGCUCUAUCUCAGGGAAAUGGAAGUUGAAUUCGGCUCCCGCCUCGAAAAGUCCUUCAAAGUCUUCGACCGAUUUAACCAUACCAGGAACCUACUGUUUCCUGAUUCCACUCCAGGUAUAACCAUAAGCGGCGGAUCAAACAAAUACAUCAGCAACUAUCAAGAGCUGCUGAAACGAUCUCAGACUGGGCAAACUGUCAGCUCCAGUGCACUCCCAGUCGCUCUUCCCAUCUUUGUGGCACUUCUGCUGGCAGCUAUAACUCGUUUAGUUUAGACCGACAUUGUAUUCACCUUGUUUUUAUGCAAUUUUUGUUACAGUUUUACUGUAGAGAAAAAUGGCAAAUGCUCAACUUUCUCGACAGUAAUUCCUUAUUUAUUUUAGUCCACAACUGUGCAAAGGCUGUGCUUAAAUCACGAAUCGAAGGGCAGCAAAUCAAAAUGUAUUCAAUUAGUAAUAUAGUUUGUAUACGGAAUGUUUGUGAAAAAUAAAUUUUUAAUUUUUUAAAUACAAA